AUGGAUAUGAUCGAAAGCCCUAUAAAAAGAAGCUCAACACUGCCUGAUCUCUAUCCUGCAAAAUUGAAGCAUUCUCCAGCCUUAAAAGCUGUUUCAAAGCACAUAAAGCUGCCCACAGAAAGGCCACUCAAACUGAAGCCUUUGAAUAGCCUUAUUAUUAGUAAGCCAACAAAACCAGUAUUAUCAGUUUCAAACAAGGCCACUUGGGACCUUCGCGCAUCAUAUUCAAUGGGAGACCUAAAGCUUGGAAAAUGCUUGGGGAGAGGAACCCAAGGAAGAGUAGUCUUAGCUACUAUAAAAGACAAGGAGUGCGCUGUAAAAAUAAUGCACAAGGCCGAAAAGAAGGCAGGCGAGCUCGAAUGAAAUAUCCUUAGCUCAAGCAAAUCCCCAUUUCUUAUAAGCAGCUAUGGAAAAAUAAAUGAUAAAGAUCACAUGUAUCUUAUUUUGGAAUUAAUGGAAGGUGGUGAUUUGUUCCAUCUUAUCAGAAAAAGAAAAUUAAAUCCCACAGAAAUUUCGUUUAUUUGUGCAGAAAUAGUUUUGGUAUAAUUAAAUAUGACGUCUUCGUCUGGGCAUGGCCUCCCGGCCAUGCAGCCUCGACUCAUAUUUAAUUAUAUCCGGCAAAGUUGUACCAUUCUAGAGAUGGACGGCAAUACUAGGUAAGCAAUUCUGGUAGUGUUUCAGAGCCUAGUCCUAGUCUAUUCUCAGGGGUGGAUUUUUCCUCGUGGGGAAGGAGGGCAUGGAGUUGGAAAGGGGAAGCUCAUAAGAGUCCGUUAGGACCAAUCGGGCAACUCCCUAGCGUGAAACUGGGCGUUACGUCCCAGGCUACGUGUUUUUCCUUUUUGCCGAUAGCCGACCAGAAAAAUCCAUUUUUUGGGUUUUUCGGAAAAGCAAACCAUGUAUCAAGCAAGUAGCUCAUCCAUGAGCCGUCGAAGCCGGAACACUUUCCCGAGAAGCACCCAGGUGGUCGAAUCAGGCCAUCCCCAGCGACCUGUGGGCUCGAUGCGACGCAAGGCGAGUGAUAGUGCCUGGGGUUGUUACCCCGUAGUGGACGUUAAGCGUUAUAAAUUCUAUAAGAUAAGAUAAGAAAUAGUUUUGGCCCUUGAGCAUCUCCAUAGCUUAGGGGUAGUUUAUAGAGACUUAAAACCCGAAAAUGUAAUGAUUGACUCAUCUGGACACAUUAAGUUAGUAGAUUUUGGCUUGUCAAAAGUUAUUGGAGAUGAGCGAGCAUGUACAACUUGUGGAUCUCCAGAAUACAUGGCUCCUGAGGUUAUAAGGAAGCAAGCUUAUUCCUAUAGUGCGGAUUGGUGAAGUUUCGGAAUCCUCGUGUAUGAGCUAUUUCAUGGAUAUACACCAUUUAAAGGAGAAACGAGUGCUGAAACUUAUGAAAACAUUUUGGAAGGUGAAAUCAGCUUUUCCAGAGUUGAUAUUGUAGCUGAAAAUUUCAUUAGGAGUUUAUUAAACCCGGAUCCUAAAUUAAGACUUGGUCACUCGGAAAGUGAUAUUUUUAGAAUAAAGCGUCACAGUUUUUUCAGAAAAAUUGACUGGGCUGCUACACAAGAGAAAUCGCAGUCUUUAUUGAAUAAGAAUCAUUAA